AUGCGCGCAUUCAUCUGGAUCGUGGGGUUGGCGCCACUUGCCGUGGCUGUCCCCUACAAACUUGUUGCCGCACGAGCUGACAACACGUCUGCCACCGUGCCGACUUACAAUUCGACCGGACAUAUUAUUUACACGCUACCAUGCGGCGACAGAGAUCCAUUCACCCGGCAUGCCGAGAUUGAAAUGAAGCAGGCCGACCUUCUUUACGGGCCUUCACUGCUCGGGAAUACUGCCCCCUUUCCGGGUGGACCGCUCGGUAACCUCAUCUCUCAGCGCGACCAAACGCUGUGGGGAGGUGAGGCAGAGCUACAGGCGCUCCGUGCAUUUUCUGAUGCUGGCAAGGUGGAGGAGUACAUCAAACUGAACGGUGGACUGAACAGCCUCGAAGAUUUCAAAAUCCUCUACCAGGACCAAUGGAAGGGCUCUGUGCCUCAAGGUAUCGCCCGCGGACAGUCGGAGAAUUACACCUCGGAUCUUCUCUUUUCCAUGGAACGCCUCUCCGUCAACCCCUAUAUCAUCAAACGACUUCACCCAACUCAAGACGCUUUGCCAUUCGAAAUCGACGAGGCCACAGUCUUGCAACUCACCGAGACGACCCUAGAUUCCCUCCACGCCGCGGGGCGUCUCUUCGUCGCCGACCACAGCUACCAACAAAACUUCACCAAAAUGCCAGGCCGUUACGCCGCGGCCUGUACGGGACUCUUUUACAUCGACGGACGAAGUAGCCAAUUCCUGCCGUUGGCUAUCAAAACCAACGUCGGCUCAGACCUGAUCUACACACCGCUGGAUGCGGAAAAUGACUGGUUGCUGGCCAAGAUUAUGUUCAACGCCAACGAUCUCUUCCACGGGCAGGUUUUCCAUAUCGCCUACCCACACGCCGUGGCCGAAAUUGUCCACCUCGCUGCACUCCGCACUAUGAGCUACCGCCACCCGGUCCUGGCCCUUAUGGAGAGGUUUAUGUUCCAGGCCUACGCGAUACGGCCCAUUGGUGAGGCUGUGCUUUUCAACAAAGGGGGUUUAUUUGAGCAGAAUUUCGCCUAUCCACGCGAAGAGGUUUACAAGUUUACCGGAGAUGCAUACCCUACCGCUGGAAGAUGGCGAGCAGGUUAUCUGGACAACGAUGUGAGGGCUAGGGGGCUUGUCGGAGCCGACUACGGGCCUGAACUGGCACACUUUCCAUUUUACGAGGACGGCUCCAGACUGGUGGAUGUUAUUCGAACCUUUGUCCACAGCUUUGUGGACUCGACCUACAAAAGCGAUGAUAAAAUCGCCAACGACAUAGAGCUGCAGGCGUGGGUGGCGGAAGCCAACGGCCGAGCCGGGGUCGAGGACUUCGAGCCUGGCCCACUCGACAGCCGCAAAAGACUCGUUGACAUACUGACGCACAUGGCGUGGCUAACUGGCUGCGCGCACCACGUGCUGAACCAAGGCGAGCCGGUAACAGCAUCUGGAGUACUGCCCAUGCACCCCGCCGCCUUGUAUUCGCCGGUCCCGACGUCCAAAAAUUCAACUUCUGCAAAUCUGCUCGAGUGGCUGCCAAAUGUGCAAAUGUCACUGCAGCAGGUUACGUUGCUAGCAAGGUUCAACAGGCCAGACGUCGUACCCGACAACCGAACGCUGAGGUACGUCUUUGCCGCGCCCGAAUUGCUGCUGGGCAACGGGGCGCAAUACAGACGCGCGAAUCGGGAAUACGUCGAAACCAUGGGGAGGAUUAGCGAGGAGAUCAAGGCGAGGAGGUUCGAUGAGGAUGGGCUUAGCCAGGGCAUGCCGUUUAUAUGGCAGGCUUUGGAUCCAGGUGCCAUUCCAUUUUUCCUGAGUGUAUGA